AUGCAAAUGAUGGAACGCGUGAUGGAACUGGAAGAGAAAAAGAAACUAACAGUGAUCACGCUCCUGUGGCUUUGGUGGGGAGAACUGAAUAGUUUCAGAGGAGGAGUCCAGCGGCUAGCAACGGAAGUAGCUUUCAUCACUGCACUUCAAGCUGAUAAAUUCCAGACAACGAAAAUUUCAUCACUGAAUCGAGAGGGCAGAGUGCCGGAAAUACGUCAGACUUACAGAUGGUUAAAACCACCGGAAGGAGUGCUGAAGAUUAAUUCUGACGGGGCGUUUAAAUGCAAUGAGAGGACUGGAUGGUGGGGCUUCGUCAUUAGGGAUGAUCGGGGGGCUGUGGUGAAAGCCGGCGCAGCUGCUGGACAUUUCCUCACUGACGCUUUUCAUGCUGAACUACUGGGUUUCCUAGCAGGCCUGAAGAAGCUGCAAGAAUGGGCAUUGCUCAAUGCCAUGAACAACAAGCUAAAGGGAAAAAAAGAGAUAACCGUCACAAGGCCAGGGUGCUUCAUGGGACUUAUACAUUUCCUUGCGAAUAGGACUCAAGAGGCAAUGCCAGCACCAGCCCCACCAAUUAGUCUGGGAGCUCCAACUCCCUAUAUAACAUCUCAUGGAUCCAAAGUUGCACGCCUACACACGUAUGACUGGGUUGUGCUAGUUCUUCUAGCUGUAUUGGAUGGAGUUCUUAAUAUAAUAGAACCAUUCCAUCGCUUUGUCGGAUCAGAAAUGAUGACAGACCUCAGAUACCCCAUGAAGGACAACACAGUGCCAUUUUGGGCUGUGCCGAUAAUUGGUAUCAUUGGGCCUAUCAUUAUCAUAACAGCGAUAUACUUUAAGAAGAGAAAUGUAUAUGAUCUGCAUCAUGCCAUACUAGGUCUCCUAUUUUCAGUGCUUAUCACUGCUGUUUUAACUGAUGCGAUCAAGGAUGGUGUUGGGCGACCACGUCCGGAUUUCUUCUGGCGUUGCUUCCCUGAUGGAAUACCUGAUUAUAACAACUUUACUACAGGCGCCAUAUGCCAUGGCGAGGCGAGUGUUAUUAAAGAAGGUCAUAAGAGCUUUCCAAGUGGUCAUACUUCAUGGUCUUUUGCUGGCCUUGGCUUCCUUUCAUGGUAUCUGGCUGGUAAAAUCAAAGUAUUUGAUCGUAAAGGGCAUGUUGCAAAACUCUGCAUUGUCCUUUCCCCUCUGCUUCUUGCAGCCUUAGUGGCAGUUUCUCGAGUUGAUGACUAUUGGCAUCACUGGCAAGACGUAUGUACUGGUGGAUUACUUGGGUUGAUGGUUGCUUCCAUUUGCUACCUGCAGUUUUUUCCACUACCAUCUGAUGAAAAAGGAAAACUUGCACCUAGGGUCUUUCUUCUGUCCCUUGAUCUUUUUUAA